AUGCCUCGAACUCCCUCGCCUUCCCACUCCAAUAUGACGCCACAAGGCGAAGAGAUCCCAAUGACCGAAACCAAACCUCAAGCCGAGCCAGAACCAGAAACCGAACGUCCAGCAGCCGACAUUGAGGCCCAGGACUUUGCUUCGCCAAAGAGUCACACAAUCACUUUCACCGACGCCAGCGAGGCCCAGAAUGGCCAUACCCUCGAGCCUCCCGGGCACAUGCUCAGUGAAGUGUUCUCUAAUACUUUUUCCAAUGAAGAGGAGGAGCGUCAGUUCUCUAUGAGACCUCGGUCCAUGUCCCACCAUCUGUCUGCGAAGGAUAUCCCAUCUAGGAAAUGGUUGACAAUCAAGGCAAAGUGGUGGAGAGGCCUGGAAAUGCUAGGCAUGUACUUUCAUAGCUGGGCCUGGCCUCGUCCUGCAAAACCUGCCUUCAAAUGGGGCAUUGAGACCGAUACCGAGCCGAUCGAGCUCUAUUUCUAUCUCCCUCCAAUAUACGACGAGAUCUUGCAAAGGGAUCCCUCGCACCGUUUUCCCGUUGUCGUCAACUUCCACGGCGGUGGUUUCUGCUUGGGUGAUGCACAAGAUGACCAGUACUGGGCUCGAGUUGUUCUUCAACAUACAAACUGUAUUUUCGUCAGUGUCAACUAUCGACGAGCUCCCGAGCAUCCUUUCCCCACGCCGGUCGACGACUGUGUUGAAGCACUUGUCUUCAUUGCCGAAAACGCGGAGGAACUGCAUAUCGACCAAACCAACAUUGCGCUCUCCGGGUUUUCUGCGGGCGCGAACCUGGCCUUCUCGGCUCCUUUGCGCCUGGCAUAUCAUCGAAAGAUGAACGGGCUGGAGAAGUUCCGUUCCAGACCCAUGACCGGACACAGCGCCGACACUACCGACACAUAUGGCUCAUAUAUGACCGACCACGACGAUCAUCACCACGAAUUCCACAAUUUCCUCACACCUGUACCCUCAGGCUCUGUCCUGUCUACUUCGAACCUAGUGCGGCCAAAGACAGGAACCCCGCUCCAGAUCCGCUCUAUCGUCGCUUGGUAUCCGCUGUUGGAUUGGACCAUGUCCCGGUCACGCAAGAUCAGGGAGUCUCUCAAUCCCAAGAAAUGCCUCUCCAAGACCUUCACCGACUUGUUCGACUUUUCAUACCUGCCUGCGCCGGAUAUGCACGGUGACCACUGUAGCCCCUACGCCUCUCCCGCUCUGGCGCCCGACGAAAUGAUCCGUGACGGCCUGCCACGCGAUAUUCAGAUGUGGCUGUGUGAGUGGGACAUGCUCCUGCGUGAAGGUCAAUUGUUCGCCGAACGGCUUGACCAUCUGGGCAAGCGGAUCGACCACAAGACGAUUCCUCGCGUGCCCCAUGCGUGGGACAAGUCACCAAACCCGUUCCGCGACCAGCGGGCCAUUGAUGUCCUGUACACGAAGGCUGCAGUGAAUUUGAACCGAGUCUUCCAAGACAGAGAUGGAGUCGGUCCUUUCAGUUCGAUGAGCUCGCUUCAUCCCGACGAUCCAAUCAUCCAGAGACAGCCUAGGAGGAGUGUCGUUCUGCCGAUGUAA